CAUUAAUUCAUGAAAGUGAGCCGAACCAGCUGAAAAAAAACCAAAUGAUUCUACUGGCUCUCAAUGGAAACCUGACAAACCAGAACAACAAACUCAGCUCAGAAAAUGAAAACCUGAGGGGGGAACACAACAAUCUGACAGUCCAGUUGGACAACCUGACACAAGCCUAUACUGUCUUAAAAAGUAACAUCACAAACCUGUCUGCAGAAAACCAGAACCUGACAUCACAAAACACCAAGCUGUCUGCAGAAAACCAGAACCUGACAUCACAAAACACCAAGCUGUCUGCAGAAAACCAGAACCUGACAUCACAAAACACCAAGCUGUCUGCAGAAAACCAGAACCUGACAUCACAAAACACCAAGCUGUCUGCAGAAAACCAGAACCUGACAUCACAAAACACCAAGCUGUCUGCAGAAAACCAGAACGUCACAUUACAAAAAAUGAAGCUGGAGUCACAGAGGAACAAUUUAACGGAACAGAUACGGAACAUGGAGACAAAGUGGAAUGAGCUCAACGUCAGUCGAGCUCAGUGGAGCAUUGAUGCCUACUGCCCAAAACCACAAAACCAAAGCAGAACGUGUAAAGCUUGUCAGGAUGGCUGGUUACCCUCCCAGUCCAGCUGCUAUGGGAUUAAUAACCCUGAUGUUUCUGGUCAGAAAACCUGGGAAGAAGCUCGAGAAAACUGCAGAGGAAAGAUUUCAGAUUUGGUUGUUAUAGCUGAUCAAACGGAGAAGACAUUCAUCAGUAAUAACAGUUGGGGCAGUUCAGGAACCAAGGGAUACUGGAUUGGUCUGAGAGCUGAAGAUGGGAAAUGGAAGUGGGUCGAUGGAAGUGUUCUGACUGAAAACUCCUGGAUACAACAACCUGCUACCAACGGUCAGUGUGUAAUUUCUGUCCAGAGAGAAGGAUGGAAAUCAGUGAGCUGUGGUGCCAGAAACAGAUGGAUCUGCAAAAAGAAGGCUUUAUCUCUUUAAACACUGCAGUCAUACUUGAGAAGGUUACUGGGUACUCUG